GUGCGCCUCUCUCCGGUCUCUCCUGUCCGCUGCUGGCUUCAGCAGAGCGCGGAGCCUCGGGAAGUCAACAGGAGGGUACGGAUAGUAACACUUGGAAGUAUAAACAACGAGGAACCGACUCCCUUCGCCUUGGUCUGCACCAGCCAGAUCUUACUCGAUCUAAUGAGUCGUGACUUUGUCGGUAACCCAUGAGGCGGAGUUUUGCCCCGGGGUGGGUUUGUGUUACCUGGCCAGCCUCAGACGCAGAGCUGAUGGAGAGAGGCAGAGCUGAGCGCGGUGCCAGUCCGGAGCGCUGUUGAGCAGAGCCUCAUUCAGCGCAGAGCAGACUCUGCUGACAGGGAGCGGUCUGCUUUCUAGCACGACCUGUGUGAAUUCUCAGUUUGGUUUUUAGAAGUGAUUCGAGUGCUUUCUCCAGAAGCAACAACUCGUGCAAAAAGAAAACCAUUUUUGUUUUUCAGUUUUUGUGUCUUUUGCCGACGGAAUGGGGAUGUAACCGGUUACCACGUGCAUUUGGAAGUGGCGUGAGGUUGCCUCCAGACUGUGAAGAGCAAACUGCAGGGGCGUGUGGUUAAUUGAAAUCGAUCCGGUGGUCUCUUUUUUGAAUGUGAAGCAGCAGCAGAGGUUCUUUCUCCUCUCCUCCCCCUCCUCUCACCUCCAACAUGACUUCACUGUCGGGGACCAAGGAGAGGUCUGUGAGCAGCCGGAGCAGAAAAUAUGGGAUGCCCGACACUUCCCCGACAAAAUCUGCCUCCUUCUUCCCGGACACAUGGUACCGAAAGGCCUAUGAGGAAACCACCCGCUCCAGCACGCGCCCCGCCCCGGAGGGAGCUGGUUCCAUGCCAAGCUCCACAGGCACCCCGUCCCCAGGCUCAGGAAUCUCCUCACCAGGAUCCUUCUCUGGAUCACCGGGGACCAUCUCUCCAGGGAUUGGGACAGAAUCGCCUGGUUCUCUGGGUGGCUCCCCGGGUUUUGGCACAGGAUCACCGGCCUCUGGAAGUGGAAGUUCCCCUGGUAGUGAAAGAGGGAUAUGGUGUGAGAACUGCAACGCUAGGCUGACAGAACUGAAAAGACAAGCACUGAAACUGCUCAUCCCUGGACCUUACUCCAGCAAGGAUCCCUCCUUCUCUCUCCUUCUUCAUGAUAAGCUUCAGGUGCCCAACAGUUCUCGGCGGGCAUGGAACGAACGUGACAGUCGCUGUGAUGUCUGCACAACUCACCUCACUCAGCUCAAACAGGAAGCCGUGCGCAUGGUCCUCACUCUCGACCAGUGGGAUUUGUCUCCCACCUCUUCCCCUACGUCCCUGAUUGGACGAUAUGGAUCUCAAGGACCUCCGGGUCCAAUGGGAGCAUCCGGAGCACCAGGAGGUCCUGGAUCACGGGAGUGGCCUCCUCCUUUUCUUCCUUCCUCCUCCUCUUCAGCUGCUGCCGUUUCACAUCCUCCUCACCCGUCCUCCCAGUCACCUUCCCCAAGCCCCAGCCAGACCCCAACACCAAGCCCGAGCCACGGACCAUCCAACCCCAGCCAUGGGAGUACCCCGGUGGGGCAAACAUCCAGCUGUGCUCCCACAAACCCACAACCUCAAGGCCACAGACUGGGGUCCAAGCCCAGCUCCCUGGGGCUUGGAGGUGGGGUGGACAGGAGGAAUGGGUCCCCCAGUUCAGGAAAAGCUGGUGCCCAACAGCAACCAGUAACUGGAGUAAACAGCCCUGGCAAUAAUAGUGGUAAUAGCAGUAAUAAUGGGAGUGGAGCGGUACUGAGUGCAGCAGCUCUGCAGGCCCAUCAGCACCUGAACCGAACUAAUGGAGGAGUUACACUCUAUCCGUACCAGAUCUCCCAGAUGGUCUCUGAGGCCUCCAGAGAAGGUUUGACUGAGGCUGCCCUGAACCGCUUCAACACACACUCUCCUUCACACACAAAUUCAACAUCACACACAAACUCUCCCUCACACACUUCGGCUGUAACCACGACGGCACCGACCACCACCACCUCUGCUGCUGCCUCCUUCUUUGCCAGAGCUGCACAAAAGUUGAACUUAGCAUCUAAGAAGAAGAAGCAGAAAACCGCCGCAGUCACAGCCCCAGUGACAUCAGCAUCACCGUCAUGUGACCCCCCUCUGUUCCCCACCAAUUUUAGCUCCGCCCUGUUGAUGGCCCCUCCCCCGGCUCCACCCUGCCUUCUCCGUGCAGCCAACAAAAUCAAAGACAACCCUGGGCUUGGAAAGGUGAAAGUGAUGGUGCGUGUGUGCCCAGUGUCUCAGUCGGAUGCAGCUGAGUCCAGUUCCUUUCUUAAAGUGGAUCCCAGGAAGAAACAAAUUACCAUCAUGGACCCCUCAGCCAAUCAGACACCAAGCGCAGCCUCCCAGAAAAGAGCGGGAGCCAAUCAGGUCCCUCCAAAAAUAUUCACCUUUGAUGCUGCAUUCCCUCCUGAUGCAUCACAGGCGGAGGUGUGUGCGGGAACGGUUGCCGAGGUGAUUCAGUCGGUGGUUAACGGAGCAGAUGGCUGUGUCUUCUGCUUUGGACACUCCAAGCUGGGUAAAUCCUACACAAUGAUUGGCCGUGAUGACUCUCUUCAGACUCUGGGUAUAAUCCCCUGUGCCAUCUCCUGGUUGUUUAAACUCAUCAAUGAGAGAAAGGAGAAAACAGGCGCACGCUUCUCUGUUCGCGUCUCUGCAGUCGAGGUUUGGGGAAAAGAGGAGAACCUUAAGGACUUGCUGUCUGAAGUAGCUACAGGUAGUUUACAGGAUGGACAGUCACCUGGAGUCUACCUGUUUGAGGACCCCAUCUGUGGCAUGCAGCUCCAGAACCAGUCUGAACUACGUGCUCCGACACCAGAGAAGGCAGCCUGGUUUUUGGAUGCAGCCAUUGCCGCUCGCCACAGUAGCCAACGCCCCAACACCACUGAAGAAGAACAUAGGAACUCACACAUGCUGUUUACAUUGCACAUAUACCAGUAUCGCAUGGAAAAGACAGGCAAAGGAGGGAUGUCAGGAGGCCGCAGUCGCCUCCACCUGCUGGACCUGGGCAGCUGUGAUGUCAAAGUACUUGGAGGAGAAGGAGGUGGGAAAAGCAGGGAGAACUCUUCACCCAGCUCGGCCCCUCUGUGCCUUUCUCUGUCUGCCCUUGGCAACGUGAUACUGGCCCUGGUCAACGGGAGCAAGCACAUCCCAUACAAGGACAGCAAGCUGACCAUGUUGCUAAGGGAGUCGCUAGGCAACAUGAACUGCCGGACCACCAUGAUUGCUCACAUCUCUGCCUCACCCAGAGAUUUCUCAGAAACCCUUUCCACCAUCCAGAUUGCUUCCCGCGUCCUCCGCAUGAAAAAGAAGAAAACUAAAGUCACCGUGCAAUACACCUCCAGCUCCUCUGGAGGAGAGAGCUCCUGCGAGGAGGGUCGCAUGCGUCGUCCGACCCAUCUGCGACCUUUCCAUCACCGCGGUGACACUGACUCUGACCUUCCAUUGCUGCGACUGUCCAGUGACCCUGACGAAUACUCGAGCAGCGAGCAGUCAUGUGACACAGUGAUCUAUGUGGGCCCAAAUGGGGCUGCAGUGUCAGAUAGAGAGCUGACGGACAAUGAGGGACCACCAGAAUUUGUACCAAUUAUUCCGGCUUUGCUUCGAGGUAAAACGCCAGAGCAGCAGCAAACACAAAGUCAAAGUCAGGCAGCUGGAGCCCAGAACAAGGUGCAGUCUCAGCCAGAGGACCAGCCCAGUGGCCCCUCUCAGCCCCUGCCUCAGCCCUCUCAGUCACUACUUGGGCAGCCGUUGGCCCCUGUCCCAGAGGAGGGAGCUGAGUGCCUGAAGUGCAACACCUUUGCGGAGCUGCAGGAGAGACUGGACUGCAUAGAUGGCAGCGAGGAGGUGGCAAAGUUCCCCUUUGAAGAGGUUCCAGCGAGCAAACAAGGUGCCAAACAAGAGCCAUGUCCAUCUUCAGCCGUCCAAACCUCAGCUCCUUCUGCUCCUGGCUCUGCUGCUAUGUUGGAUACAGAAACCAAAACAGGCUCUGCAUGUGCUGUAGGAGGUGCAGUGCAGUCCUCCUUCUCCUCAGCAGCAGCAGCAGCAGCAGCCUCCAGGAGGAGGACCAAUGACCAGCAGCUGCAGGAGAUCAAGGAGGUGGUGGAGGAGGCGGAACUGGCCCAGACGAUGAUCCACAGCCUGGCUCAGAGUUCUGGUUCCCCAAUAGUUACUAGUACCAGAAGUGUUACAGGAAGUAACAGCAUCACCUCUAACCCCCUGCACAGGGCUAAGAGCUCCCAUCUACAUGACAGCCGCGAGAGUCUGAAUGCGGGCAGUAACGCUGAGGGGAAGGCACGCCCAUUAGGAUCACCACGCCUCGGCAUCGCCAGCCUGACCAAAACCUCAGACUACAGGCCUCCGUCCUCCCCAUCCCAACGGUGUAAAGUGUACACCCAGAAGGGCGUGAUGCCGGCAACGCCCCCUCUGUCCUCACACACUCUGGCUCAAGACGGCCAGGCCACAGAUGCUUUGACCUCAGACAACAGUUUGGCUGCAGACAGCGGCCGAUCCUCCACAGAGUCCCUGCUGUCCAGGACUUCUCCGGUGGGCAUGAGCCUACAAGUCCGAGAGCCAACUCCAUCUUUGUCUGCCAGCCUGGGCUCCGCUGAGACACUCUGUGACGAUGACGUCCCACCGAUACCCUUGGACACGCACAGGGAUGCCUCAGGACCGGCAGUAUGUGUAGGAACAGUUGGACCUCUGUCGCUUGAGGAGGAUGAACUUGUGUACACUGUGGCUUCUGGAGGUAAGGAGGACCUUAAUGGUAUAGCUCUCAUGGAGACUCGGGCCCUGACCUGUCGUCCAACGAGCAUCAUCAGCUUCAACAGCGACUAUUGCUCUGUCACUGCCCUCACCUCAGGCACUCAAGCCCUCAGCGUCAUCAGCGGUACUGCUGAGGAUGGAGCUCUGGAGGAAUAUCACAUGCCUGUAGGUCCUGCAACAACCUCAGGGGUUACAGAGGUUGUUGCCAUGGCAGAGGUGGCCAUGGCCAAGCUGCGAAUAGAAGGUGAAGCCUUAGCCACAGUGAUGUCUAACUGUGGUUCACCCAUCUCCUCCUGGAUGAGUGAUCUGAGCGUGGGCAGUGAAGCUGACCAGUCACUCCACAGCUUCAGUCAGUCCCAGAGCCAGCAAGGGGAGGCCCUGGCUGAACCUGAAACCAACCAGGGCCUUUCCUUUGGAAUGGAGGGGCUGGGUGAUUAUGAAAGCUGUGGCAGCCCGAGAAGAGGGAGUCUGGAAGGAGAGGUGGUGCUGUCAGAAAACGGGAGUGAUAAGGGAACUCCAACCAAAGACAGGCUGAGGAAACUGCCCCCGUCCAUGGCUAAAACUAACAUCCAAAUUCUGGCAGGACCUGGUAACUUCUCUCCCUUCAAGACCACAAUCAGUGUGCACCCAUGUGUGGCUGUCAAACCCAUGGUUAUACAGGAACCAACCAUCCUCUCUUCACCUACCAGCUUAAUGAAAGACCCAGGCAAAUUUAAUGCACCACUUUUAGCUACGAUUUCCAGUGAGAUGAGCUUUGAAGACCCCUGGUUGAAGCGUGACAUGGAGGAGGGGAGGUCCAGGGAGCUUGUGUGUGAAGUGAGGUCGGGAAAGAGGGAGGUAGAGCAUUCAAAGAGCCAAGCUGGAGCUGGGACUGGAGACCACCGGAGCUUCUGCAGGGAUGGUGGGGAUCAUAGUAGCUCUAGUUCAGGUGGUGAGGUUGUGUCAUCUCCAGAUUCCUUUAAGAGAGUGGUGGAUGGCUGUGAGAUGGUUGCUGUUGUUGCCCAGGGAGAAUGCCUGACGAGUGUCUACAGCCCAGAUAUCCACCGUACUGCCAGUCUUCCCCACGGCUGGCACCGUCUCAACCGGCACGACGAUUUAGACAAUGGAAUCGAGUACCGUAAUCUUGGCGUCACCACUUCAACUCCCUGCAGUCCCCGCGCCACACUUGACCGCCGGGGAUCAACUGGAAAACAGGGCUUUUUCUCCCACAAGAAGGGGGGAAUCCCACCUCUGCCACCGGUACGGAAGUCCAGCCUCGACCAGCGGAACAGAGCAGCCAGCCCUCUCCACCAGCCCAGCCACGGAGUCUCAUUACUGGGCAGCUUAGCAGAUGAUGCAGGUGUCACCAGACAACGAGGCUCCAGCAUUGACAGCAGUAGACUUUUCAGCGCCAAGUUGGAACAGCUUGCAAACAGAACCAACUCUCUGGGUCGUGUCCACAACUCCCACAGUGGUUCCCACCACUACGACUGCUUCUCUCUGGAGAGGGGGGGGAGCCUAAGAGGGGGAGGAGGAGGAGUGAGGGGGGACAGCACCAUGCCUCGUACUGGCCGCAGCCUCACCCGUGCUGGAUCAGUAUCUUCUCCUACUGGAAACACUAGCAGCCCCAGUUUCAGUGCCAGUCCCGGUCCAAGCAGUGCUCCUCAGUCACCAGCUAAAAACAGUGGCCAGUCAAAGAUUUCAGCAGUCAGUAAGCUGCUGAUGACCAGCAGUCCCAAGGCCAGGAGUCUGUCUGCCUCCAGCACCAAGACUCUGAGCUUCUCCACCAAGUCUUUAAGCCAAGCUGCCAGCCGCAGCUCCAGCCUUCCUCCUAAUGGAAAGCCCCAGAACUCAGUCCAGGGCCCUCUGCAGCAGCAGGGACCUUCCCCUGGAUCCUGGUCUACCCAGUCUUUGAGCCGCAGUCGAGGGGGAAGCCUGGCUGCCAAGCUGCCUCUCCGGGCUGUCAACGGUCGAAUCUCAGAGCUCCUCCAGGGAAGUGCAGGCUCACGUUCCAGGAGUCAUGCCCAGGGAGGAGGCACAGAUCCAUCUCCAUCAGGAGAGGAAAGAGGAGUUGGAGGGGCAGGUGGAGGGGGAGCUGGAGCGGGAGGUGGGGGUGGAGCUGGCCUGGGAGAGGAGAGGACAGCAGUGGUCCAAACGCUGCCCUCCCCCUACAGCAAGAUCACAGCUCCUAGAAAACCACACCGCUGCAGCAGCGGCCAUGCUAGUGACAACAGCAGUGUACUGAGUGGCGAGCUCCCCCCGGCCAUGGGGAAGACAGCCUUGUUUUACCACAGUGGAGGCAGCAGUGGCUAUGAGAGCAUGCUGAGAGACAGCAGCGAGAACACAGGAAGUACCUCCUCCGCUCAGGACUCCCUCAGCGAGUACAGCUCAGCCACCACCUCCUCCAGACGGAGCUCCAAGAGCAGCAAGAAGAGCAGAAGCAACACAGGCCUCCAACGUCGUCGUCUGAUCCCAGCACUGACCUUGGACUCUUCCUCCUCCUCAACAUCUCACCGCUCCUCCAAACAGGCCAUCACUUCCUCUUCUUCCUCCUCCUCCAGCCCAGGUGCAUGCUGGGUAGAUGGCCCACUGGGGCCCCCGGUUCCCUCAAACCUCAGAGCCACGACUGCAACGACAGAAACUUUUGAGAUCAAGGUGUACGAGAUAGAUGACGUUGAGCGACUGCAGAAGAGGAGAGACAAAGGAGGGAGCAAGGAGGUGGUUUAUGUCAGCGCCAAGCUCCGUCUGUUGGAGCACCGUCAGCAGAGAAUCAGUGAAGUCAGAGCCAAGUACCAGUGUCUGAAGAAGGAGCUGGAACAAACCAAACAGUACCUGAUGCUGGAGCCACACAAAUGGAUCACCGAGUUUGAGCUACAGCAGGCUUACGAAGUGGACUCUCUGGAGUAUUUGGAAGCUCUGGAGACAGUGACAGACAAACUGGAGACCAGAGUCAACUUCUGCAAAGCCCACCUCAUGAUGAUCACCUGCUUCGAUGUGUCCUCAAGACAUCGGUAAACAGAUGGAGGGAUGGAGAGCUGGAGGACAGAGAGGCAGACACACAGCUAGACUCAAUAAGAUGUCGACAUUUGGACCCUUUGCCCCCUGAUUAAUCAAACACCUUUAGAAAAUAUCUCCUAAACUAAUACAUCUCAUUGGAUGACUGGAUAGUUGGAAAGGAGGGAUACAGGGAUGGACUGACCGCUUGAUCCUGCAUGUCAACCUUAUGUCUCUUCCAGAUGUAAGUAGGCUGAAGGACAGAUGGAUGGAGAUAUGGAGGGAUAAAAGGAAUUGAGAUAUAUAGAGAUUUAUAACAGGACAGAAGAGUUUGUAGAUUUUUUUUUUCUUAGGGCUUGGAAACAACCUCAGAAACAGACAUUGAACAGCAUCUCACAGACUAUGAAUCAGCUAAAUGAUGGUUCUGAGUCUGAAAAGAAACAUCAAACAUAACCAAGUGAACAAUUGGACUGCUGAGACACCUCUUAGACUGAGUCAAACAUUUAGGAAUGUAUGGGAGGAAAGGAGUGAGUUUACACAGUCGAGAGCCAUCGGCUGUAAAUACAGAGUGCUGACUACAGAAUGGUCUGGUAUUGUUGUGUAGUAAAUUAAAGAGACUGACCAAGAGAAAGACAGCAGGACCAAGAAACAUGAUUUAGAUAAGUGCCUUGUGAACAUUUCAACAAUACCAAGACCAAUUCUCUUUCUCUCUGAAUUUGUGUACAUGCAGUAAGUAUGGUGCUAGCAUAGAAAAAAUACAACACAAAAGAUUAGUGUCCUUGGAAAAUCUUUGAACUUAUAGCCAUUUCUAAAUGUGAUGUUUUACUGUGGGUCAGUGUUUCACUAUAUCAUAAACAAAUUGUAUGUUUGAAUGGUCUUUGGUACAUUGAUGAGAUAUUACACUAAAUUUAAACUGGAUCCCUAACUAAAAAAGUUAAAGAAGACCUACAGAACACAGAGACUAACACCAAGUCCUCUUUAAAACAACAAAACUGUUGCAAGGACCAAAAAUCGAAUUUGAAAAAAACGUACAUGAUUUUUCCAGGACACAGAGUUGUGUGUGUUUAAAAACAAAGAAAAAAAAACACUUAACUCUAGUUUCUUGCGGUGGUUGUUUUUACCUUGACUUCACUCACAAACAGAGCACUUCUGAAUUUUGACCCUGUUUCCCCUGAUACAGAUGUGGUGGCUUUUUCAUGUUCACAAAGCAAUGAAACGUCUAAGUCACGUAGGAGUGGAAAUGAAAAUGUUUUAUGAUCUCUGAUCCAGUGUGAAGUACAUCCAUUGAUUGACUUGACUGACUGUCAGUCAUUUGUAUCUGUGUUGUUCUGCUCUAUUCUAAAAGAAACUGAAUGAUCCGUCAAUGUGUGUGUUUUAUAAUAAGGUAUCCUUUUUUAUUUGAGUGCAAUGGGACCAUGUAGAGACGCUGUAUGAUAGUAGGCUAAUGAAAAUAGGUUAAAGAGAUAUUUAAGAGUAAAUUGUGAGGAAGGCAGAGUUAAAAUGUCCUCCUUCCUGUAUUACUGGAACAAAGUAGUGAAUUUAGAAAACUUACUUGGGACUACAAUUAUGGGUAUAAAUUUAAAUUGUUCCAGUAUUGUCUUUUAUUGAAAGGACACAGACAUUAUAAAGGAACAACUAAAAAUAUACUGUAUAUAUAAAGGAAUGAAAGAGAACUAAAGAAAGAAGAGGAUGAUGACCAAAUUAAGAGGCAAAGAUCUCUGCCUGGUUCCAUUUUUUUUUGGACGGAUAGCAACAUUUAUGAUUUGUUAAUAUUAUUAUCUAUGGUGCUUGAGAUGUUUAUGAUCUAAAUGUUUGUACAAAUACAAAUAUAUGAAAGAGCCUCUGAAAUACAGACCAAUACCCUUCAAAUGCUUCUUCUACAUCGCUGUCAUCAUGUCUGUUGUUCCCGACAUCACCACCCUCUCCUCUGAAUGCCUUUUGCCCAGCAAGCAGAGAGCAUUGUGGGAGAUCCUGUUUGUUGUCUGAGAGGUAAAAGGAGGAAUAGACACCGACUUCACAGGAGUGGAAAUGCUGUAAUGAUAUUGGUAUGAUUUGUCAAAAGCGUCACAGUGCUAAAUUUAUCCUAAUAGAGCAAACUCAGCUUUUAUCUUUUCCACUGGACUCACACAGAAACAGGAAAUGACCUUAAAUGCAUAAGGUCUUGAUCUUCUCAUGGUUGCGUAAAGAGGUAACAGUCAUUAAUUUCAUGUGGCGUACACCUGCUGUGACAGUCACAAGAUAACCUAGUGGGAAAUUACCCCAGAAACUAAGAUGCUUUUGACAGACUGGACCCACGAAGUGUUUUCACAGGAGGCGGGCGAAGCAGCCCUGUGACAUCUCUGAUCGUUUCAGUUCACCGUGCCAGUCAUGAAUGAAGGUUUAUUUAUUUGAGCUCAGGAGAGCAGAGUCGCUUAUUAUUAUGUUCUUAUUUAUUUACACCUUAUGAUCUUAAAAGUUACUAUGCAUUUAAGAAAAAGAAAAAAUAACUGUACAUACUUUGCUGAGCCCAUGUCAUUUAUAAAUAUAUAUACUGUACACAUAUCAUAUAUACACUCAUUUUUAUUUUAUAUAUUUUCUGUUUCUAUUUCAUUUGCUCCUGUUGUUCCUGUUGGAGAUUGUAAUGGGUUUGGGUUUCCUCAAACAUUCACAUCCAAGGUAGUUAUGUGGUUCCAGCACAACAGGAAUUUCAGUCGAUUAAUUACAGACCAGAACUUAAAAAUUAGUAUUAGCUAGUAUAUGCUGCAGUAUUAACUACAGCCUUGUGUAAUUAGCAGUGGAUGUUUUGGGAACCCCAACCUCAGGAUGAGCUAAACGGCCUGUACGUGUUUCCAGAUUUAAGAUGCUAUGUGUGACAUUUCUUCCUUAAUGUGUCACUGCCAAAUCUACUAUGGUAGCGCUUUAUAAUUCUAGCAAUAAUUGUGACAAAUACCUGAGGUUUUGGUGGCCCCAUAUUGUUUAUAGAUAAUGUAAUAGUCCAUUUGUUCCUUUUUCAUUAGAUGCAACUAUGCUAAAAGGGAUGCACUCAUUGUCUGGUGCUUUAAAUAAAAUGAUUCACCAAAUGCUCUCUGUUAUAUCAGGUUGGAGGGCAAAAACACACACAGUCUAAUGAACAAAUUGACGUAUGUGCUGUUAUGUGUUUUUGCUGGAGUGUUCAAGAAUUAUAAUGUGUUAUCUGGAAAUCUGACACAUAGCAUCCUUAAGUUCUUAAGGAGUAUUGUGUGUUACAGUCAGAACACAUUUUUCAGAAACAGAUUUUAUCAGUAGCAGUAAGACACUGAGUUCUGAUCAGUUGUAAGACAGUGGGUCAGUGGUUGGAAAAUCUCUGCAUAACUGAUUAAAACCAGUUUGUGUGUGUCAGUUAAAAGUGCCAAUCUGUUGAGUAGAAGAAUGAGUUAUUUCCUGUGAGAAUUUCGCAGGGUUACGACACAUGAUCAGUGCAAACCAGAGAAUAAGAAGUGUGAAAUUUUCACUGUGUGUGUCGUUUCCAUGAUUUAAGACAGCAAUCACAACGUCCUCUGCAGAUUUACUGUUUUUGAGAAAUGUGGUCCGACGCAUUGUGUUGAUGGAAGAGCAAGCUGGAGGGAUGUAAAUAAAGAAAUGUAUCGAAAGAG